GGCGACCAUGGCUGCUCUGGCUUCAAUCCUUCCAAAGCCGGUCAAUGCUCCUGUGGUUUCGGACGAUGACGAUGAUGUCGUACUUCAAGUUCAACCUCAAAAGCAAGCCGGACCUUCACAAGCCGUGAUCAUUCGUCAGGCAGUACCGCCCUAUGGCCAAAGGAAAGGAUGGAAGCCAACCUCAUUAGAGGACUUUGGGGAUGGUGGAGCGUACCCCGAAUGUCAUGUCGCGCAAUACCCCCUGAACAUGGGCAAGAAGAAGACCGCGGCAGGUAACACGCUUGCGCUCCAAGUAGAUGCCGAAGGGAAUGUUCGUUACGAUGCCAUCGCGCUCCAGGGGCAGCGGGCCGGCAAAGUUGUCCAAUCCCAGUUCAAGGACCUCGUCCCGAUCGCCAACCGGAAGGACUUGGACGACGAGGCGCGAAACUUGGAGCGGCCGUCGGAGGAGGAGGUGCAGGCGACUACCGAGAAGACUCGUGCGGCGCUCGAGAAGCUCGUGAAUGGGAAGAUCAAGGCUGCCCAGCCUAAGAACGUCCCAGACAGUCAAGGCAAGACUUCCUUCAUCCGCUACACCCCUGGCCAGCAGGGCAACUCCGAUGCGUUGAAGCAGCGGAUCAUCAAGAUGACCGAAGUUGUCGAGGAUCCGCUUGAGCCACCACGCUUCAAGCACAAGAAGAUUCCCCGCGGUCCCCCUAGUCCUCCGCCACCUGUACUUCGCAGUCCUCCGCGGAAGGCCACAGCCCAGGAGCAAAAGGAGUGGAUGAUCCCGCCCUGUAUCUCCAACUGGAAGAACAACAAGGGUUACACCAUUCCCCUCGAUAAGCGUCUCGCUGCCGAUGGCCGUGGUCUGCAGGAUGUGCACAUCAACGACAACUUCGCCAAGUUCUCCGAAGCUCUCUUCGUGGCCGACCGCCAUGCUCGCGAGGAGGUCCGGCAACGUGCCCUUAUGCAACAGAAGCUUGCGGAGAAGGAGAAAGCGCAGAAGGAAGAGAACCUACGCCUGCUCGCUCAGCGCGCUCGCGAGGAGCGUGCGGGGAUUGCACCUCGUGCCGACCCAAAGCCCGCAGCGGAACGUACUGCCGCUAUGCAGUCCUCACUCGGUGCAUACGGCUCCGGUAGUGACUCAGACUCUGAGCCCUCGGAGGAUGAGGAGGACGAGGAUGCGGCGAAGAUUCGGGACCAGAUGCGUGCGGAGAAGAGGAGGGAGCGAGAGCGAGAGAUGCGGAUGAGCAACAUGGGUACGGAACAGCGCGCGAAGAUGCUUGCCCGACAGCAGAACCGUGAUAUUUCCGAGAAGAUCGCUUUGGGGCUAGCGAAGCCUACGCUGUCGAAGGAGAGCAUGGUCGAUUCCCGUCUCUUCAACCAGGAGUCGCUCUCGGGCAGCUUCGCCGACGACGACGCAUACAAUCUGUACGACCGCCCUCUCUUCCAUGGCUCGAGUGCCGCCGCUGCCAUCUAUAAGGCGCGCGGGAACAUCACCGAGGGCAACCAGGACUCGUUCGGUGGCGGAACGGAAGAGGGUAUCGGCAAGGCUCUCGAUAACGACCGUUUCGGACUUGGCGCACCACGGGUAGGGUUCGAAGGAGCUCAGGAGCAAGAGGUUCGCGAAGGUCCCGUCCAGUUCGAGAAGGACUCCGGCGAUGUCUUCGGUCUCGAUAAGUUCUUGGACGAGGCAAAGAGCGGUCGGAAGCGUGGUCUGGACACCGAGGUCGGCGGCUCGAGGAAACGACAGCAGAUUGAUCGGGCGGAUGAGCGAGAUUGAGGGUAAUGGGACUGUCUCGAACUGCGUAUGUGCUUGUCUCCAUAUGUUUUGUUACGCUACUACUUGUAAUCUAUGCGCAUACAUGAGGUACUCGAAUUGUCCGACAUUCGGAUAUGC